GCGGUGCGGGGAAGGUGACCCCGCAAUGGCGCUGGUGGCCCCGCUGAGAGCAGCGAUGUGCGUGGAGCGAGGGAUUGUCCCGCGUGUCCGGGACCCCCCGGGGGUUUUGCAAAUCCUUUGGUUCUCCUCCGCCCCCCCGCAGCCGGUGAUCGCCGCCAAGGAGCCCUUCCCGGUGGAGCUGAGGGCGGGGAAAAAAUACGCGUGGUGCUGCUGCGGGCACAGCAAGAGCCAGCCUUUCUGCGACGGCGCCCACAAAACGGCGGCCCCGGGGGUGUCCCCGCUGCGCUUCACCCCCCAGGAGGACACCCGAGCGCUGCUCUGCGGCUGCAAACGGACCCGAACCCCCCCGUACUGCGACGGCUCCCACAAAGAAGAGGCCGUGCAAAACGCUCAGCUCCCCCCCCAGCCCUGAAACCCCCCCCAGGGAUGGGGGGCAAGGAGCCCAAGGGGAGUUCAGGACCCACGGGAUGCUCAGCCCUUUUUGGGGUGGGAGUGGGGAAAGAGCUCAGCUCCCCCCCCCCCAAUUAAAACCUGAAUUGCUGAGCCCUGGGGGCUGCCACCAGCUGCAGAAAUUCAGUGGCCCCCCCACCGUGGGGACAGAAGUUUUGCUUUCUGCCCCAGUGGGGCCCUGGCUGGCUCAGGAGUGGGUGGGAAAAAAUUCCACUUGGAUAAUGGGACUUUCAGGAGUGGGUUUUGCAUCACUGCAGGCACACGGGGGGGGGGGUGGACGUGGGACAGGGGGACCCAAAGGGACCCAGAGAGGGGCAGGGAGGCAGAGGGGGUGGGUGGCAGUCUGCAGCAUUUAUUACAUUUACAAAGCUGUGUAGUCAUACAAACGUUGACCCCAUAACCAUAGAGAUGAAUAUCCGAGUAUUUUACAGGACAUUAAAACAUCGUACAGGAUGCAAACAGACAGAGAGCAGUUUGGUUUGUACCAUAGAGGAAAAAAAAACAACAGAAAAACAAGUACAACCCCCCAAACCCCAAACCCCACACAAACCCCAGCCUGAGGCACUUGGCUGCCUCCCUCAGUCCCUCGUGGGUUAUUUACAAGGAGAAAAGGGGGGUCAAAAGUCGAGACAAAUAGAGGCCCCCCCCAAAAAAAACCCCACACUUGGAGCCCCCCUCAUCCAUCCCCAGCCUGGGCAUGGGGAAAAAAAAAAAAAUAAAAUAAAAAGGGGCCCUGUGGGGACCCUCCCCGAGCCCCAUCCCCAGCACCCAGGGGGCUGUGGAGCCCAGGGCUGUGCUAUAGGUGCUGCUGGUGAGUCCCUGCUGGGGGG